UGUUACAAACGUAAAGAAGGAGGAUCAACUCCAUGUUAAUGUCUAUAUAUGUAUUAAACUGUUAAAACAUCAGGAGGUUUUGGAACCAUGUCAUAUGUCUUUACCUGUUAACGUCCCCCACCACAGGCUCAAAAAGGCUGUCCAGCUUGAUGUCUAGAACCUUUUAUACCUUCAAAAAGGCCUGGAAAUACAACAAGCCCCCUAAGAUAGGGGCAAAUACUGUCUACCUAUCUAGAAUAGUGGGCAGAAAAAAGUAAAUCUGCAGAAAGAAAAGAAGGAAUGACACCAAGUUCAGUGGGAAAAGUAACAAGGAGUCCAGAAAAGGUCAAAAGAGAGAGAGAGAGAAAGAGAUGGGCCAGUAACAGACACUCCACCCGAGAAAGACAGUGCAUGCUUUCUCCAUUUUACAGUGGACAAUGGCUUUGUUUGAGGACACAGGAAUCGUCAGAAUACUGACCUCUUUAUUGUGCUUGGCCAUUGACUUUGUGCCUGGAGGACUAAAGAAUGCAGUGCGGUGGUGGAGUCUUCAGUUAGUUCUGCUGGCCUUCACCAACCAAUCCAAACCAUUAAGCUUUAUUGAUCUAUGUGGGGAGCAUGUAUGAGUAACUGAGGAGGAAGGAAGUGACUUCAUGAAUGAAUCAAGAUUACAUGGAAACCGUAAAACUGCCCAGUCGGUUGCCCGAGGGCCGAAACGUGACACGCAGGAACUGGAAUUCAACACAAAGCUCUUCUGUUUCAGUAGCUGUCCGCACGCCCACAAUGGCAGUUGGUCUCCUAUUAUGGAUCCUCGCCCUCUGUGGGUCACUCGCUCCCUCAGGUAGCUACACACUUCAUGGAGUCGAGGUGUAUGAGGUGGUUCGACCAGUCAGAGUACAUGAUCUUCAUAAGAGAGAUUUAGAGUCCUCCCGCCCAGAUGUGGUGAAAUAUGCCAUGACUCUCGGUGGAAAAGAGAUCGAGAUGCAUCUAGAGAAAAACGAAGAUUUAUUAACCCAGGACUAUACUGAGACGCAUUACAUGGACGAUGGGACACCGGUCACAACCACACCUAACAAAUUGGAUCUCUGCUACUAUCAGGGGAAGAUUGUGAAUGACAGCGACUCAAUGGUCAGCGUGAGCACUUGUGAAGGGUUACGAGGUUAUUUCCAGACAGCAGAGCAGAGGUUUCUCAUUGAGCCAUUGUCUGGGGAUGGAGAUGGCGACCACGCUGUACUGAAGUACGAGAAUGUGACCAACACCCCGUCAGUGUGUGGAGUCACCAACACCAGCUGGGAUGAAAACACUGGCGACUUUCCCCCUCGCCUCAGCAAAUCUCGAUCUCGCUUGUCUGGGCCAACAAUGUUCCAGCAACAAAAAUACAAUGAACUCUUCUUGGUGGCAGACAACAGAAUGUAUAAGAAGGCGGACAGCGACGUGAACAAAGUGAGACAGAGGGUAUAUGAAAUCAUCAACUUUGUCAAUGCUGUGUAUAAACCAUUGAACACCUUCAUCGCUCUGACUGGUCUGGAAAUAUGGACGGACUCUGAUAAGAUUGUAGUGACGGCCCCCGCUGGUGAGACCCUGGACAAAUUUACAUCCUGGAGGAAUGACGUCCUGAUGAAGAGACAGCGCCAUGACAACGCGCAUCUAAUCACUGGCAUUGACUUCGAUGGUGCAACGGUGGGGCUGGCUUUCAUCGGCACGCUGUGUUCAGGCCACUCUACCGGGGUCAUCCAGGACCAUAAUCCACUUGCUAUAGCAGUGGGGGCGACCCUGUCCCACGAGAUGGGCCACAACCUGGGCAUGAACCAUGACUCCAGCUCUUGCAUCUGCACCGACUCCACGUGUAUCAUGGCUGCUGCUCUCAGCUACAACAUCCCUCGGCAAUUCAGCAGCUGCAGUGUUGGCAGCCUGGAACAGUACCUAAACUCCCGCAACCCUGAAUGCCUGCUAAACAAACCCCAGCGAAUAGAGCUCAUCCAGCCAGCGGUCUGCGGAAACGGCUUCCUUGAGACCGGAGAAGAGUGUGACUGUGGAUCCGUGACGGAGUGUACUAACCCAUGCUGCAACGCCACCACCUGCAGGAUGACGAAGGGCUCUGAGUGUGCUGAUGGAGAGUGCUGUCAACAUUGCAAGGUCACCGAUGCUUCCUAUAUGUGCCGUCCCAAGCAUGAUGAGUGUGAUUUGCCAGAGUACUGCACUGGAGACUCAAACGUUUGCCCCGAGGAUGUCUUUGUCGUGAACGGGCUGCCCUGCAAAAAUGGAAACAGCUACUGCUACAACGGCCAGUGCCCACGGAGAGAAGACCAGUGCAUCAAAAUGUGGGGUGCAAAUGCUGUGGUGGCAAGUGACUGGUGUUACAGCCAGAACAAAAGAGGGUUAUCCUAUGCCUACUGCAAACGACCUACCAACGACCAGUACAUAGGGUGCCAGACCGAGGAUAUAAUGUGUGGAAAGCUUUUCUGUGAAAAUGGCAAUGACGAUCCAAACUAUGGCCGCUUUGUCAUGAUUAACAAGUGCAAAGCCACCUUCUACAGUGACCGUGACAAUGACUUUGGUCAAGUUGAUACGGGUACCAAAUGCGGUGAAGAGAAGGUGUGCAGUCAGAACCAGUGUGUGAGCUUAGAAGUUGCUUACAAGGCAACCAACUGCUCAGCCAAAUGCAAAGGACAUGGGGUGUGUAAUCACAAGCUGGAGUGCACCUGUGAACCUGGUUGGCUACCACCUGACUGCAACAGGCAAGCUGGCAGUGGCUUGUCUAAAAAUGGAGUGAUAGCCAUUGUCGUAGUGAUCUGCAUCCUGCUGGGCGCCGUUCUCAUUGGGGUUGCCAUCUAUCUUAUGAAACGCAGGAAGAGCAGCCCACGUCAAAUUAGCAGUCAGAUACCGAAGAAAGAACCUACACCAGUCAACAAUUCUUAUUUCAGUGGCCAAAGAGUAAAUCCUCCUCAGCAGAACUCGCCAAUACGUCCCAAAGGCCCUCCGCCACCUCCUCCUCCUAAGAGCAACAUCCCACCUAAAACCCUGCACACAGAUUUCCGGGCAGCACACAAGGCACUUAGACCACCUCCUCCACCGAGGGUUUGAACUCUAAGCUCUGUGGAACUGCCCGAAAGAAAAGAUUCUCUUCAGUCUCUUGCUAACCGGACCUACAAGCACUUCAAAAGGACCAAUGUUUUGCAAAACUGCAGCUUAAGGUUUCACAUGGAUCCCUCUAGAGGCCAACACAGCUUGUUUUUUACAUUAAGCUGCAUUUGCAAACCAAGUGCUGGAAGGCCUGGAAGACUCUGCAAUACCUGCUUCCACUCACAGAAGAAUUGAAAUGGUGACUCCAGAGUGUUGGAACAGAAACCACAAUGUAAAUUGUGAUGUAGCGCUCCACUGGAUUUAAGUAGCGCCACCAUGGGUUGUAAAACCUCAGAUCCAAACUUGUACUCUGGUCUCAGGGCAAGCAAAGCCAUGCUCUAUGGUGCAGUACCUACCUUCUUUGCACAUACUUUUAGAGUUAAAGAAUUAUUAAUUUUCUCAGUUAAGUGCAAUGUGAGAGAAUGCAUGUGGGCAUGUUUGUGUCUCAAACAAGCCUAAAGUCUUUUUUUUAAACUGAGAAAAAUAUAUAACACCUUUACCUUAUAAAAAUAAACUUUAAAAUUUGUAUAUAAGUUUAAUUUGUAGCUGCCUGACAACUUUAAAAAAUGAUUUGCACGCUGGCUUUUCUUAAUAAAAUAUGUCAAAUUACAAAGGAA